AUGGUGAAGUCAGAUGACGUAGUGGUGUUCAUGAAAGGCACGCAACAGGAGCCCAUGUGUGGAUUUUCACGGAAUGUUAAACUGGUUCUUGAUUUCCACAACGUCAAGUUCAAAGACUACAAUGUACUGGACGACCCUGAAUUGAGAGAAGGCGUAUACGUUAAGGGUGAAUUCGUUGGAGGAUGUGACAUAAUGGUACAAAUGCACAAAGAUGGAGAGAUUUCCGACUUUUUCGACUCAAAAGGGAUCGCGAGCAAGUAUGGAGAGGCAAAAUAA